GUUCGUGAUUAACCACAGUGUUGAACACACAUAACAGAGUGAUUGAAUAUUUAUAUUCUGAAUUAUUCUGGGCCAAACUUAGUUUCAGUUUUCCUCUGGUAUUAUAAAAUUACGGUCAAGAUGGAUUUUGGAACGUUGUUAUACAAUGCUCAAAAGAAUAAAGAAGUUAUGAAGGAGCCGAUUAAAUAUUAUAGCACAAAGUUUGCUCCACCAAAAAAGGAGCAGAAAGAUAAAUCACGGUUAUCACUCAAUGUAAGGAAGUUUCUGGAAAAGAAGGAGGAAGAAGAGAGACAAAAAAGGCUUGAAGCUCAAAGAAAAAAAGAAGAGUUAUUAGCUUUGAGAUCGAAGGAUAAAAAGGCUGUCAAGCGUGUGAAUGUCAUGUUGAAGCGGACCAAAUCUGUUAUUCAAGAUGCAGUGGAUUCUGACAAAACUGCUGUUACUCUAGUUGGACUUGCACAACCUGAUGAAGAUGAUUAUGGAUAUGUUUCACAAGAAGCAUCUGUUUUUUAUAAUAAAAUGAUGGAAAAGUAUAGUAAGAUGCCAGACAAGACACCAAAGUUCUUGUUAGAAAAAAAGAAAGUUAACACCAAUCUGAGCUCAACUAAAGAUAGAGUUAAAGCUGCUUUAGAAAAGGAGAAAGAAGAAGCAAUGAUGCCUCAUAGGAGGAAACGCAAACAUAAGAAUCCAGAAGACAUCUCAUCUCCAGAUGACAACUUCCCGUCUACCCCAUCGAGAAUGGCUGAUGAGAGACCUGAUGCUAAGAAACCAAAGAUUGAUAAACCUAAAAUGCCUCCACCGAUGAAUUUCAAUGAGCUCCUCAAACUAGCAGAAAAGAAACAAUUCGAACCCAUAGUUAUUGAGAAGAAAAGCAAAGAAGAUGAAAGUCCCCUUACCAAGAAACAGAGAAGAGAAAUGGAAAGGAUGAGGGUGUGGCAGGAAAGAAAACAAGAAAGACUUAAGCCUGACCCAAGCGAGCCCAAACAGAAAAUUAAUAAAGAAGCAGAAACUGCCAAAUCGAAAAUAGCAAAAGUGCCAAAUCAGUCAAUAUUAGCAACAGCCCGAACAAGUUCUAAUAAGGCUGAUAAUAAAAUGCAAAAUCCUGAACCAGAAAUUAGGAAAAAAAUUGAUUGGGGUCCUAAACAUCCAUCAGCUGGAAAAAUGAACAGCAUAACAAAGGCCCCAGUUGACACUAAAAAACCAGUCCCAAGUGCCUCCAAUAAUCCCAUGAAAGAUUUGGGAAAAUCUGUAUCAAAUUAUACAGAAAAAUCUACAAAAAUUGCCACCAAAAGCAAUAAUGGAACAACUAAGAAUGGCUUACCUUCAAAGGACAUAAAAAGGUAUCCUAAAGAAAUCAGUGUGAACAGCAGAGGCCCCUCUGACAAAAAAAUGUUAGAUAAGAUUAAGGAGAAAGAAAUGCUACAAAGAGAAUUGUCUAAACCAAAACAGUUCCCACCAAAUGAUGUAAGGCCAAAACAAUUUCCUCCAGCUGAUGUGAGGAGAAAACCCAUGUCUAAUAAAAUGCAAAUGAAAAAACGAAGAAUAAUCGAUGAUGAUGAUGAUGAAGAUUAUGAUUCUGAAAUGGAUGACUUCAUUGAUGAUGGUCCCGAAGAAGAAGAGGAUUACUCUAAAUAUAUCAGAGAAAUAUUUGGUUAUAACAAGUCAAAAUAUGUGGAAGUCGAUGAAGAAGAUGAUGAUAUUAUGGAGUCCUCAUUUUCACAGCAGAUGAAAGAAGAGCAAAUCAGUACAAAAUUGGGUAUAAUGGAAGAUCUUGAAGAUAUGAGACUAGAGGAAGAGCACAAACGAAGAAAAGCAUUGAUGAAGAAAAAAUUCGGUAGCUAAAAGUGAGAUCGCACGCAGUGACCAAGAUGCAUCUAGUGUUUUAGUCAUUGCAUUUAU